AUGAAGAGGGAGCAGUCCUUUGAGUUUGGGGAUCCCAGCGCCCCGCAAGAUGCUAUGGGGGAUCUGCCUCGGAGUCGUCUUACAGCCCUCCCGGAGCUGUCUUUGGGCUCUCCCCACCGGAGUCCUCGCCGCGCAGCGGCCGGCAUAACAGAAGUACAAUACAGUGGCGUUGGAAUAGGACAGAGGGAUAGACCUUCAUGGGUCAGACUGACAUACACACCUUAUUUUGAUGGUCAUUUGUGGCGAAAAUAUGGGCAAAAGAAAAUCAAGGAUGCUGAGCACCCUAGGCUAUACUUCAGAUGUUCUUACCGUGAGGACAGGCAAUGCCUGGCCUCUAAGCUGCUGCAACAGAAGAACGGCGACGACCCACCACUGUACGAGGUGACCUACACGUACGAGCACACGUGCGGCGCACCGCCCGUCUCGUUUCCGGAUAUCGUGGCCGAGCCGCCGGCCGCCAGGGAAGGUCUGGUGCUCAGGUUCGAUUCCCCCGGCGGCCACGGCGGCGACGCACGGAUGCAGCAGAACGGACACUGCCAGCAGUCCACGUCUCGGAGUCCGUUCAUGAUGCUGAGCUUUGGUUCCAGUAGCCAGACGCACGAUCACCAACCUGCCGUCUUCCGCUCUGACUUGGAUGCCGCCGGAUCGCCGUCGUUUCCCACCGAGGGGCUGCCGGCGCCACCACCGGCAAACGGCGACGGUGGGGACAUGUUCUCGACAUUGAACUCCUUCGCAUAUGAUUUCGACAAUCAAAUGCACUUCGGCGAUCACACGUAUUUACCUCAUAAUAAUAGUAAUCACGAUUAUGAUGAUUACUGA